UGUAUAUGUUGAAAUUAGUACAUUUUCCAUUGAAAUUACUCAUAAUUUCACAUUUAGGCAGCAAGUCCACAUGAUCAUAUUUAAAAGUGCAAAAUGCAUUUAAGAAACAAAAACUAUGAUUUCCAUGUAAAAACUGUAAUAUCAAUGUUUAGUGUGUUUGAGAACCACAGGUCAGGACAUGGAGUCUGAGUCUGAAUCAGAAUCUGAAUGGGAUCUGGAGAGCAGCACAGACUCUCACAGUCUGAGUGAGAACGACAGAGAAAAGAAAGGAAAACGAGCGGGGGAAAGAAAGAUAAGGAAACAAACUUACUCCAGACAGAAUUUGAGACAAAUAAUUGAGAACAAACUUGAACUUUCCGUCACAUGUGGAGAUAAAGAUGGCGUCCUUAAUGUGGAGAAAUAUAAUAACAUGCAGGCGUGCAUCUUCAGUGAAGGCCAGUGUUUCAAGCCCAAGGAGUUUGAGAUAUUUGGAGGAAAAGAAAGGAGCAAAAAGUGGAGGAACAGCAUCUCUCACAAUGGCACUCCACUCCAGGACCUCAUUAAGGAUGGUCUUCUUUCGCCCUUUAAGAAAAUUCCGGUUCAGAAUGAACAGAAUGACUCUCCUGGAUCCUCCCCAAUUACUGACAGGCUCAGAAAAGGGAAGAAUGACUCUCCUGGAUCCUCCCCAAUUACUGACAGGCUCAGAAAAAGGAAGAAUGACUCUCCUGGAUCCUCCCCAAUUACUGACAGGCUCAGAAAAAGGAAGAAUGACUCUCCUGAAUCCUCACCUGACAGGUUCAGAAAAAGAAAGUGCAGAAAACAGCUGCGCUACUCCAGCUCUGAAUCAGAGGGGAGGAUCAAUGGCAGUGAAGAUGGUGAUGUUGACAGCGAUGAUGUCAGUAUUGACAUGAGCGUAUUUGAAGGUCCAACCCUACCUGUUACCUGCGGUUCUGGCUUUGGCAUCCUACACAAAUGUCGCUUUGCCAAAGGUUAUUGUGGGAGAUGCAUAAGGACAAAAGAGUUCUGGCUGAGCCCUGGGGAUUUCACCAUAUUGAACAAACCAGAUGGAACAUGGAGGAAAGACAUUGUGACCAAUGGGAUUCCUCUAGGAAAACUUAUAAUGAAAAGAGUUUUGGAACUGCAUAUGAUAAACUGUGAUUGUGAGAUUUGUGAAGAACCAGAUCAUUACCUAAAUGAUGACGUGUGUUUCGUGUGUGACUCUGAGGGAGAUCUGGUGUGUUGUGACAAAUGCCCACGAGCUUUUCAUUCACACUGUCACCUACCAGCUGUAGAUGGAGACUCACCUGGAAGCCAGUGGAGCUGCACAUUCUGUGUGAUAAAGAAUAUGGAGGAUUCCAGUCGAAAGACCCAACAGGAUGUUUUGAGCAGUCCAGUCUCUCAGUACACACAGCACUGCCAGUGUUUGCUGUUACAACUGCUACAUGACUGCAUGACUGACUCCUGCACUAAUGUUCCAGGAUACAGUAAGAAUAUUUGUGGUCCCAUGAUGCUGGGCAGAGUGAAGCUGGAGCUGGAAAAUAACGCUUAUCAAACAGUGCAAGAGUUUGUCUCAGAUAUUAAACUAAUUUUCAACAACUUUUCCACCUCCAGCGCAGAUAAUGACUCCAGUAAAAUGACUUCUAGACUGAAGGAAGUAUUCAAGAAGGAGUUUAAAACAGUCUUUAAGCUCCUAUAACAUCAUAUGCAGUGGGUUGAAUUGUCAAAACAGAAGUUUCUGUCGGGUUUUUAUUCCAGCUCUUCUGCAGUCUAAAGUUACAUUCACACUCACACUGCAAUUUAAAGCAAUAAGAGGACAUUCAUUUUAAUAACUGAUUGUUGAGGAUUUGAAUGACAGCAACAAUGGCCAUCCAAUUUUUUUUAUGAUAAAUAAACGGAUACCAUUGUUAAAAUGUGGACAGAUUUGAAAUAAUUUUGUUUUUACAUUUAGAAAUUCUUCAAAAGUUUUUUUUGUGUAAAUGUCAAGUAGUAUAAUAAUAAUAGUCUUUGAGUGGCUCAGAAUAAAUACAGAUAUUGGCCUAUAUAUAAGAUGACAUGUAACAAAUAACUUAUUUUGUAUGCUAAUUAUACAAAAUACCACUCACAAUGAAAUAUUUGGGAGAGCAACUAUUAUCUCCUUUUAUUGAAUAAUUCUCUUUCCAUUGUUGAAUGCCAAAACAAUCAGGCCAAGAAGCAAAUAUUGCCUCCGGCAAGUUUUAAAUGUACUAAAUAGCAAUGUUAUAAAUCUGUAAUUAAAGUGGAAGUUUAUAAUGAAA